GUCAAAAGCACUGCUCAUGCACAGGAACUCAUUCAUUUCAGUCUGAGACUGAGUGGAGCAGAGGGCAGAGCAGCUACCCAUAUGAUUGAUCAGCAUGUGUCGUCCGUGUGACUCAGCUUGUGUCUCGGCCUUUGGGACUAGAUCGAAUACCACCGUUAGUGGGCCGAUGAUGGAACUAGGAGUUAACACCAGUGGGGUUGAUGUAAACGGCAACUGUGAGAUCCAUGACGGCAUCCUGUCUCCUGCCUUACCCAUUCUCUACUCAAUAAUCUGCUUCUUCGGCCUGGUCAGCAACACCAUGACCAUAUUUGUGUUCUUCCUGAAGAAGCACUCCAACUCAUCUAUGGCUGUGUACCUGAGACACCUGGCCAUAGCUGACUUCCUGUUGGUGCUGUGUCUGCCUAUGCGGGUCUAUUACCACAACAGCCAGGGCCCCUUCUACAUCUGCAAGGUGCUGGGCAUCUUCUUCUACGUCAACAUGUAUGCCAGCAUCCUGUUCCUCAGCCUGAUCAGUCUGGAUCGCUACCUGAAGAUCAUCAAGCCUGUGUGGGUCCUGAGAAUCCACAGGGUGCGGUGGAGCCACCGGGCGUCCUUCUCGGUGUGGGCAAGCCUGAUCCUGGGCAUGUCUCUGUUCUUCCUCAGGAAUGACAGGCAGCAACCCUGUGACAAGAUCUGCUUCCACUUCCACCAUAAGGGUCUCCUGGGGGGCCUGGCCAACCUCACCAUGGUGGCCUUCUUCUGUGCCACCUUCAUCCUCUUCCUCUGCUUCUACGCCAGCAUAACCACCAAGGUGAGGACUAUGUCCUUAGGGAACCUGGACCCCAAGGCCCAGCGGAAGAAGAGCAGGGUGGUCCGGAAGACUUUUGUGGUGCCGGUGAUCUUCACACUGUGCUUCCUGCCAUACCACCUGGUGCGAGUGCCCUACGUCCUGGCCCAAAUGGAUCUGAUUCAGGCCCUGAACAGUAAGCAGAUUCUUCACAUCCUCAAUGAACUCACUCUGCUCCUGUCUUCCCUCAACAGCUGUCUGGACCCCAUAAUCUACUACUUCCUGUCUUGCACCUAUAGGAGGACUAUCCUCUGUGCCCUGCAGGGGCAGUUUAAGACCAUGUAUGCUGUUAACAGUAGACACAACAGUAGACGCAUCAGUAUUAAUCAAUCUUUUACAGAGAUAUAGAGCCAUCUAAGGCAGGGAGUUUUUAACAUUUUGCACAAUGGGGUUAAAAAUCUAUUUAGAUUAGUAACUGAGAAAUUAUUUAUAAUGUACAAUACAUGUUAAUCCUGUUGAUACUAUUGACUCUAUAAAAUAAAGUAUAGAAGAGUAUUAUUGAAUGUACAUUAUGAAAUAUUAAUAUAUAUAUAUAUAUGAACCAUUGUUAUCAAGUUCUUACUGGCCUUUGUAGAUAUAAUUGUUGGUCCAGUAAGAAUGGUGUUUGUAUAAGUAUCUGUACAGUCUGUUAUUUGAGUAUAUUACUCACACUUAUGGUGACCUUAGGUUGUCAUGGUUAAAAGGGCAUUAUAAACCAGGUGGUUCGAGCCCUGACUGGUGAUGCUGAUUGGCUGAAAGCCGUGGUAUGCCACGGAUAUGUCCCCAAAAAAAGGUUUAUUGUCACAACCUCUGUCUGAAAACGUAUGAAUUUGAUGAACUACUAACAAAAGCUGUAAUGGCCAUGUUGUGUCAGUCUUGUACACUUUGUAAAAUAUGUUUUUCUGCCAU